AUGAGUUGCUUCGCCAAAAGCGUCGCGUGUGCCGUUUCAAACUGCAGGGGAGCCUGCAUGCUCGACACCUGCGCAGACCAUUGCGUGCAGGUUCGUCCCCACUGUUCUGAGGUGCACUGCAGAGACGCGCUGUUGGCCUGCACGGAACUGCCAAGCCUCCCCCCGGCGUGCACUGAGAACAAGGUGGAUUAUUGGGAAAUGCGGAGAUAA